UCAAAUUAUGGAAUCUCUAGCCAAUGAUCUUUACAAAAAAUUGUCUGAUAUGUUUUCAGUGAAACCGGUACAAUCGAAGAAUAAAGAUACCAGUAUCGAUGAUAUAGAUGAAAUUACUAAAGGUAUGUCAAAAUUAUCAUUAAAUUUAGCGAAAAUGGCAAAAGAGGUUAAUGCUGUUAAGAAAUCAUCUCAACAUCGUUGUUCGAAUUGUAAUAGAACUGGACAUAAUUCCCGCAAGUGUACUCGUAAGAAGAGGUCCAAGAGCGGAUCCAAAAAGAGAGGCAGUGUUAAUAAGGUUGCUGUAGAUUCGGGUUCAGAUACAACCUCUUCUGAUAAUGAUUCUUCAGAUAAUAACUCCGAUUCUGGAGAUUCCUCGUCUGAAGUUGAAUCCGAUCAUAGUUUUGAUUCUGGUUCAAAGAACAGACAGAGUCUCGAAUCUCCGAUUCAACGUUUUUCACAAAAAAUACAAAAGAAUUCAGAUACAAUUAUUGAUAAACAGAUCCGAAAAAUCAUUCUAGAAAUGUUUUAUAAUCCAGAGAUUAUAGAAACGAUUAAAAACAAUAUUAAUAACACGAAUUUAUCUGUUACAAAACCUGAGUUUACUGCAAAGCAGGGCACUUCAUGCUUAAAUUAUCGAGAGCCUGCUCCAGAAAUACCCGAUUCAGAUGAGGAAUAUGAGACAUUGAACGAUCCUAUGGAGAUAGACUUCGUCCGCCGGAAAGAGCCUACCACAAGCCUUGCAACUAUACCAUGUAAAAUCAAACGCUUAAAAAUUCCAGCAUUGGUACUUGAUAGUGGAGCUGAGCCUCCAAUUACGUCAGAAGAUAUUGUUAAACGUGUAAAUUGGCCAAUUGAUAAAUCCGAAAAAUAUGAUCUUAGCGGUGUUGCAACAGUCCCAACAGAAUCUAUUGGCAUUGCUCGUAAUUUCCCAAUAACAUUCCCUCCAG